AUGUCGGCGGCAUCGCACUGGAGGAGCCUCCGCCCGAUUUUGCUGGUGCUCUUCACCUCGACUACCCUCACCGGAAUCACCAUGCUAGCCAUCUCCUCUGUCACCAACCCUGUUGCAUUUUGUCUCCUAGCAGUGGGGGGCUUCUGCUUGGUCAUCUACCUUGUCAGCCUGGUAGUCGAGUACUUCCUGAAGCCAGAGGAUACCCUGACGGAGCAGAUGUCCCAGGCGAGAGCCACAAAGGGAAGAGACAACGAGGCACACGAAGCGCCGACGUAUGAGGAGGUGGUGGGAACUACCCAGGUACCGGUCUCGACAGUCUGGACCAUCACGUCUGGCACAGCAACCUCCCCAGGGGACCCGCCUCCAUACAGCGUGGUUAUCGAGCCCCCCACCCACAGCGAGACCAUCGCGGAGGCAUCCAGCGUCUCGGUGGCCCCCGGCGCCCACUGUGCCUCGGAAGCAGACAUGCACAACAAGCUGCGCCUCAGACUGGUGCUCCCGCCGAGGCUGCAGCGAUUUGUCUCGGAGGACCCUGACCUCAAAGGGACUGAGGAGCACGUAGAUCGUUUGGAGCCGCUCACGCCGCCUCCUUCUUACCAUAACUUACCUGGCGACUAG